AUUAACGACUCCGUUAACAAAAUGGCACAAAACGAAAGAAAAAGUGCCGCAAAGCCUAUUUUGAUAUUGAUAAUCUAUUAAAAGAGCGGCUUAUUUCAUUCACCGUCUUUCUUGUUAUUACAGCUCAUUUUGGUGGUGAGUUCAUUAUAGAUUGUGGUUGGAUGUGCAAUUUAACCAAGUAUCGGGGAUGUAGUGUAAUAAAUAUAAAAAUAUAGAAUAAUGAAGAUUAUAGUAUUAUAAUAGGAAAAAGAAAUGAAAGCAGAGCUGGAAUCCGCAAGAAAAGAACUCAAGGAUAAGAAUAAUGUCGAUGAACGGCAGAGAUAGCCGACGACGUCGUAUUGUUGAACGGGGAAAUGACCGACUAGCCCUAAUUACUGGCCGGAUCCCGACUCUAACAUCGGAUACAGGAUCGGGAGGCGGAACGGAAACGGGAUCGGAAACUCGCCAUUCCUACACCUCUUCUUGCCCUACUUGGAUUUCUCAAAAUCAUCUCGUUUCUGAGCAAUCCUCUCCUGUUUCUGUUAGUGGGAGCGGGGCCUCUACACCAUUGUUGUUCGACAGAGACCAUGGAAUUGAGCCUGGCGAACAUGAUGAAUCUGAUGGCAAAAGCAGAACUACUCCAUUUAUGCGAAAAUGUGAGUCAAACAUUGAAACAUCAAGGGAACCUGCCUUGGAUCUUGAUCACAAAGAACAGUUAUUUCCGGAUUCAUCUACUUUAAAUCCUCCAUGCCUUUCUGCUUCUGAUGGGGGUCAACUUUUAAAGCUGAAGAGCAACUAUCACAACAUUUUCGCCCCAAAUAAAAUUAGUUCUGCAAUUGCAGCUUCCGAGAGUAUUCGCUUCAACUUUUCCCUUGUGGCUGCCAUUUUGGUUCUUGUAUCCUAUAACAGCCACUUCUUCAAGGUGGUCUUAUUUUUCAGACCUCUUCUGCUACUGAUGUUGACCAACAUAUCGAUUGUUAUUGCGCGCCUUCUCGCAGAAGAAGCUGGGUCUCAGAGGAAUCAAAAAGCAGCAGCAAACAGUAUCCCUGCUGCUGGUAUGGUUGAUCAAAUUGGGAAGGCUCUGGAGCUGGGUUUGUUAUUGCAAAACGUUAUGGGUGCAAUGUUUAUGGAUUGUAGUAUCUACUCAAUAACAGUCGUAUGUGGCGUUUCGGUAGCACAAAAGCUUGGCUGGUAAAGUUUUUCCUGGCUGGAGGAUCUUAAUAAUAGCUGUAUCAUUUUGAUAAAUUGUUUUCUCUGUUUCUUCCCUUGUUUUGAGAAACAUUUUGCUGCUUUUCUUUCUUAAUCCCCCAACCCCGCCCCCCACCUGCCCCAACCAAAAGAAAAACACAGAAAUGAACUUUUGUAGAUGCUUAUAUCCAGUUUUUGUAGCUUCAACAGAUCUGAGAAAUGAACUUAUGUAGAUGUUCUCAAGUUUCUAAAGCAUUUUUGUGA